AAAGUCAGUAGACCCAACGCUGCCAGACUGAUAACUUUCUGUGUAAAGUUCAAUACAAUCUAUAUUCCAUGAAAUUGAAUUUUAAACCUCAUAAAUAAUCUUUAAUUUUGUAAAAACUGAGGGAAUCUGUGGGGAAAAUGUGAGGAAAACUACCUAUCAUCUUCUUUGAACAUCACCUCUCAUGUUUCAUGAAUUGGAUACAACAAUUAUUUAUUCACAAGAUGGACUCAGGUGACAGACUGCUGAACUUAAAAGUACGAAAGCACAAGAGCAGGACUGAGAUAGCUUUUCAACACAAGAGCCACAUAGAUCCUGGUUAAACAAAAAUGGUUCAUGUUACAUCUUAGCAACCUAAAGGUGACUUACAGGGCAAGCGUGCCUCACUAUUGUCGAGAAAGCAACCGGUGUUAAGGGAAAAAGACCGCACCCACAGAGAGAACAGACACGUAAACAAGUGCAGUACUGUUCUAGCUUGCUCGACCAGAGACAACCAAUGAUUUCUACAACAUCCAGCACAGCAGAGAUGGUUACACAGGAUAAACUGCAGAAAAAUGAUGGCAUUAUUGAAGAUAAAAACUCAGGGAAACUGGGAUGCUGUGGUUGGCUGUUGGUUUUCAUAUCCAUCAUCUUUGUAAUAGUAACCUUUCCACUCACAAUAUUUAUGUGUGUCAAGAUAGUGAAGGAGUAUGAGCGAGCUGUCAUUUUUAGACUCGGCCGGAUCACAGACAGAAAAGCUAAAGGGCCAGGACUUUUCCUAAUAUUACCCUGCACCGAUAACUUUGUGAAAGUAGAUCUGAGAACUGUGUCCUUUGAUAUCCCUCCUCAAGAGAUCCUAACCAAAGACUCUGUGACAGUGUCUGUCGAUGGUGUGGUGUACUUCCGUGUAUACUGCCCCAUUUCAGCAGUGGCCAAUGUGACCAAUGCGCACUCAUCUACUCGACUGCUUGCUCAAACCACUCUGAGGAAUGUCCUUGGUACCAAAAACCUUGCAGAACUUCUAUCUGACAGAGAGGGCAUUUCACUCAGCAUGCAGGAAGCCCUGGAUGAAGCCACUGAUCCGUGGGGUAUCAAAGUGGAGCGUGUAGAGAUCAAGGAUGUGAAGUUGCCUCAUCAGCUGCAGCGAGCCAUGGCAGCAGAGGCUGAAGCCAGCCGGGAGGCCAGGGCCAAGAUCAUUGCUGCAGAGGGGGAGAUGAAGGCUUCCAGGGCUCUGAAAGAAGCCUCUCUGGUAAUGGCUGACUCACCCUCAGCUCUCCAGCUAAGAUACCUUCAGACUCUCAACACCAUUGCAGCAGAGAAGAACUCCACCAUCGUCUUCCCUCUGCCAAUAGAUAUAAUACAACAUUUCAUGCAUUGGAAGGCAUGAAGCUCAUGUCAACCAAAUUCCAUAUAAUUCAAAUCAAGUCAGAUUGCUGCUGAUUUUUUUUUGUUUUAUUGUUUUUGCAAUAUUAUCGUGUUUAUAUUUAGAAAGCUCCAGUGAAAGCUUUUUUUAAAUGUAGUCCAACAAUUCCUGCAAUCUGCUCUGCAUUAUUACUUCGUACACUUAAAAAAGAGCUCUCCCUUCUUGUGUAUACUUGCUGUGAUUUAAUACUUAAAUACAAAGUGCAACAUAUACAGUAUAGACAUUAUUUCUCAUCAUUCACCACAAUAUGUUAACCAGCUAAGCUACAGGUACAGUUUUGAGGGAUGACAAUAAAUAAAUAAAUAAAUGCACAGAAAGUGUAAGGUAAAAACAAUGCACGUAAACCUUAUAAAGGCAUGCUUUCACACAAACGUAUCCAGCGCAUGAGUUUCUGAAAUACUGAAUAGGAACAUAAAUCAUGUAAACAAUAGCAAGGCGAUGCAUCAACCUUUUCUGACAUUGGACGUAAACUGUAAACAAAACCUCUUAUUCUAGUGUCGGACAAACAUUCAGUAAAUGAGUACAAGGUCAUGUCCACAGGACACAGAGGCAUUCAGUGCAAUCAGAGUACCUGAUGGAGAGAGCCAUCAUUUCCACUUCCUUUCAAAACACCCACCAGCGAUGAACAUAAUCAACUUGUAUUAACAGUAAAUUUAACUCACCUAGAACCAAAUCCCUAUUUCAGCAGAUUUCCAUACUUUAUGUCCGAGGGAAUGGAUAAAAGAAAGCCUGCUUUAUUACAAUAAUAUAUUAAUGUCAUAAAAUCCCAUUUCACUUAAUUCUUAUGUGUUUCCUGACUGUGUUAGGCUCUUUAAAAUAGUUUUUUACAGAACGCUUACAUCCAAAUAAAAUUUCUAGAAAUGUUAUCUGGCAAAACAGACAUUUGAGACAGGUGGUUAUGUAAACAUGAAAAAAAUACAAUACAAAAAAAGGCAGUUGCUUCCUUUUGAUGACUCUUAAUUCUCCUCAAGACCUGAGAUUAUUCUCUACAAUGAGAAAUGAGGUAACAUUGCAAUCAGACUCUCGUGCUUAUUUUGAUGGAAAUGUAGUCAGUUUGGGGUUUUUUGUCAAUUGCGGUUACAAUUCUUUCUCUAUGAAGAUUUCUGUGGUGAAAACAGGCACAAACACUCAAAUUAAUAAUAAUAAACAUCAACAGAGAAAACAGCAACGGUUUCAGCUAGCUGCCAGAGCCCUGACAGUAUAAUCUUAAAAUGCAACAAAACAGAUAAAUGUUUUGCAACGUCUGCACCAUUUAUGGCUGAUUCGGCAGCAAUUAAGUCCAACCAUAUGACAGCUACAGUACUAAAUGAACUGCUGUAUUCAAUGAUUUCCUCUUUGGUGGUUUCUACGUAGUCUGCAUUUUCACUUUGUCGGACAUGUUUAUAAACUGCUCAACAACAACAAAAAAUGAACACUUGAUCAUCACAGUAUAACACAAACUGAGCUAGACGUCAGGAAUUAGUCUGUCCAGUAAGGAAGCAAAAACAGCAGCACUGGAGAAGCAUCAAGAAGAUCCACCAAACACUGAAUGGUGCUGCAUGUGGUGACCAUACACCACUGUCUUCUCUUAUCCUUUCUUAUUUUUCUGUAGUUUUGCUCUUUGCUUGUGUCACUGUCACUACUGGUAGCAUGAGACUGUGCCUGCACAGGUAGCCCAGCUCCUCCAUGAUGGCACCAGAAGAUGAGAAAAGAGGGGUCAUAUUAAGAGAGAACAGGGGCUAAAGCACGGGCAUCAACCUAGCUGCAAAACCAGUAUCUGCUCCUUAGUGCAAGGAAGAACAGGUGGAGCCAGAACCCCUCAAGAUGACCUCUGGCAGUUUAGUCAUGUUUUUGAACAUACUGUCACAAGACAGUCUCGAUAUGUCUUUUUGCAGGACCUGUGUAAUUCUGCCUCCCCAGACCAUCACUGACCUACUGUAAGCCCAGUCAUGCUGGAUGAUGUUACAGGCAGCAUGACGUUCCCCACGGUGUCUCUAGACUCAUUUCUGUGUCUCGUAUGCUCAGUGUGAAACUGCUCUCAUCUGUGAAAAGAAUGGGUCGUCAGUGGGAGACCUGCCAAUUCUGGUGUUCUUGGGUGAAAUCGGGCUGCAUGUUGCUGGGCUGUGAGCGCAGGUCACAGAAGAAUGUAAGAACAUCGUGCCCGUCGAGUCCAUUUUUGACAGUUUGGUCAGACACGUGUACACCAAUGGCAUACUGGAGGUCAUUUUCUAGGGCUUUGCUAGUAACCUGCACAAAGGAGCAGAUACAAGCAGAUCUACGGCCUGCCCAGGUCUGCUCAUAUAACAGCCCAACCCGCCUGGGGUCUUCUCCACAAUCUCUGAGUGAAAGAUCAUUCUGAAAGGAUAAGGAAUAAGCACAGAUCUAUGUGAACACCUGUUAAACCUUUACCUUCUUGGAGCUUUUCUUGUUGUUUCAUUUGCACAAAGAUUAAAUUGAUUAGUAAUAAUUUUUGCUUCCUAACCAGACAGACUAAUGUUCCUGAAGUUUAACUGACUUUGCUUUAUACUGUGGUGAUCAAGCGUUAACUUUUUGAGCAGUCUAUUAUAUUAAUUCAUCUGAAGGGUGAAGGGCAUCAACUCACCUAGUGUGAAAUGUAUAACGCAAUGUUUUACCUUUAAUGAAUCCUGUUCGAGUUAAUAAGAAAUUCCUUUUAAAUCGCGAUGCUCCACUGCCCUUCCGUGCCACUUCAUCACACUGUAGGCAAUCCUAAAAUAUAGUUAAUUAUAACUGGAAGACAGAUCAUGCUUUAAAGAGAGCAAUACAUGUACAGAUUUUACAAAGUAUGGUCAGGAAAACUGUUGACUGUGUGUUGGCAGUUCAGAAGAUAUAAGUUGGGUUGUUGUUGUACUGAAUGUAGCCACACAUUUCAGGUCAAUGCUAAUACGCAAGUUAGAAAGUAGCAUGGAUGAUUGAGGUUAAAUGGCUUGAUAGUCAGUCAUAAACUCCUACAACAUUUCAGCUUCAAAAGGAUAAUAAGCCCCAGAGAAGAAUCUGAACUGAGAGUAAUACUGUAGGUAGUUUUGUGAUUUUACUCACAAAAAGAAUUUUCCUUGUCCUGGUGGAUGCUGCUGGUGGGAGGGAAUGGAUGGCAAAAGGCGCUUUUUGUGUUUGUUGUUGCACUUUUGAUUAUCAUUAUGUCUUGUACAUCCAUCAUCCUGAGCGCUGGAUGAGAAGAUGGAGAUGUAGGCGAAAACAUGGAAAUGAGGCACCGUGAUUUUCAUUCUGCUCUCCAAUCAAUCUACAAUCUGUGGGAGUUUUUCAGUGCAUCUGCUGUGUGGGGCGUCAUGUGGAGUAAGAAAAUCUGAGGGCAGAGAAUUCCUUCUUUUAGUAACAGGUGUGAUGAUCAGUACAAUUGGUUAGGUCAGUGGGGUUCAAACUUUAAAUCACAUAGGCAAGUGGAUUUUUCCAACAAACAGACCUAUUUGUGUUUGCCCGACUAUAUAGUGUAACAUCCAUCCCUCUUCUGAUAGAGAGAAACAUUCACCCAAGAGGUUUAAAACAAACCAGGCCUUCUGAUUCCAGCUAAAAGCU